AUGCCGAACGCCACACUCGUGCUGCCCCGCCCCGGCACGGCGGCCAAGCCCGGCGACGAACCGCAAUCAAUCCCCGCGCCGUCCGAAGAGGCCUUCGUCGCCACCUUCGGGAACCUGCUUCCCCAAGCGUCGUACCUGCGCACGUGUCACGGCCGAGCGGCCUACUACAUCUUCCCGGCCACAGCCGGCCAACCCACAACCAGCAGCGAAACCCCUCCCACCCCCCGCGUGCUCCUGAUCCACGGCGUCCAAACCCCCGCCCUUGGCAUGCAGCCCCUGGCACGCGAACUCUCCACGCGCUUCCCACACGCCCAGAUCGUGCUUGUCGACCUCUGGGGCCACGGGCUCUCAGAUACGCCGCUGGCGCCGCAUGAUCCGCCGCUAUUCCACGCGCUUGUCGAGGCGCUGCUGCACGAGCUGGGCUGGGCGGACGCGCAUUUCGUGGGCUACUCCUUCGGCGCCUCGACGGUCGCAAGCCUGGCGGCUGCGAGGCCCGAGCUCGUGGCUUCGAUGGUGAUAAUUGCGCCCGCGGGGUUGAUCCGGUCGGGGAAUUUUAGUGAGGUGCAGAGGGGGUAUUUGCGCGGUGGCGAGGGGGUGGAGGAGCAGGCGCGGGCGUGGAUUUUGGACUGGUUGGAGGGGGGCGAGUUGGUCGUGCCGAAGGAUUGGAAGGAGAGGGUUGGACGGGGAGAGGUGGUCGCGAAGGCUGUGAAGGAUUGGGAGUUGAGGGAGCAUGAGGGGCAUGCGGCGAGCGUGGUGGCUAUCUUUAGGGAUGGCGGUGCUUUGGACCGGCAUGCUGAGUUCGCUAAGGCUGCAAGGACUGGGAUCAAACACCUUUGCAUUAUGGGGGAGAAGGACGAUGUGAGUAGCGCGGAAGAGUUACAGGGUCUUGGGCUACGUAAUGUUGAGGUUGUUCCGGACGUCGGUCAUGCGGUUGUGCGAGAGCGGGUACAGGAGGUUGCGCAAUUGAUAGAGGAGUUCUGGAACAGGCUAUAA